AUGGUGCAAGCAGGAUUGAGGCUGCUGGCGAUUGCCGAGGAGGUGAGGGACAGCAGUAGCGAGGACGAGGGGCUGUCGGCUGCCGACAAGAGGCUCCAGAGGAUGGAUACCGACUCGCUGGAGGAUGAGGCGUGCCGGGCGUCUUUGGCCACGUCGGAGGAGGAGGAGGAGGAGGACGAAGCCGAUGGUCAACAGCAGAAGGAGGGAGCCGUGGCGGCCGGCAGGGUCAACAAGUUGGACAUGAGCGGGAGCGGAGUGGCGAGGCUGCCGGAGGCCGCGCGAGCCUUCCACGGAGUCCGGGAAUUCUUUCUGGGUCACAACCAAUUGGCCCAACUCGACGGCAAUCUCAAGCUGCUGCACAGCUUCCCCGAGCUUCGGGAGCUGCACUUGGAGAACAACCGACUGACGGAGAUACCCAGGGAGCUGCUGUCCCUCGGGAGGCUGACCUUCCUCGACCUCUCGGACAACGGGAUACACCGGAUUCCAGCCGGCAUCGCCUCGCUGACCAGCCUGAGAGAGCUGAUACUCGACCGAAAUGACGUCAAAGAGCUGCCCGACGAGAUCGUCGAGCUACGCCGAUUGGAGCACCUCUCGUUGGUGGGCAACCUGAUCGAGCUCCUGCCCGGCUUUCUCCUCGAGAUGCGAGCCCUCGCCCUCGCCGACGUGCUCGGCAGUGGCGGUAACAGUAGGCCCGACAACGUCAGCUCCCCCGGUACGAGCAAAUUAGCCACAUCGUCGUCCUCGUCGUUCUCGUCAACGUCCUCCUCCUCUUUUUCCGCUGCUGCUUCCACACCCGAGGAAAAAAGCAGUGUGCACAACAACGUCCUCAGCAAAGUCAAUUUGCGAAAUAACCAGCUCAAAGGAAACAUCAUUCUCGGCAACUACGGGAACGUCACGCACUUGGAUCUCAGUGAGAACAACAUCGAGACGCUCGACUUGAGCGCACUGCAGGAGCUGAGGAGCGUCAGGUGUGCGCGCAACCAACUCACCGAGCUGACCCUCUGCGGUCGGAGCCUCGUAUCUCUCAUUGCCGGGAACAACAAGCUGAAAGUAUUGAGCGUUUCUCCCGUGCCGGUCAACCUCGAGCACCUGGACGUCUCUUACAAUGAGCUGGACAGCCUGCCCGAGUGGACGCCCGAGUUGCCGGUGCUACGAGCGUUGUUCGCCUCGCACAACAAGCUGACCGCGCUGCCCGACCGACUCUUGUCCCAGCCCACGGCCUCGCGCCUCGAGGUCCUCCACUUGCCGCACAAUCGGCUCCAGGCCCUGCCACCGCCUCGCAGGCAGCUCAGUCUCGUCCACCUCACGCUACAGGACAACGCCCUCACCGCCCUACCCGCCAACUUUUUCGCCAACACCCUCAAGAUGAAAGUGCUGAAUCUGUCGAACAAUCGAUUGUCGGAGCUGCCCGGCGUUGCCGUGGACGGUAAUAACGUUAACGGCGGACAGAAGGCCCGCAACGAAGCCGCCAGCUCGUUGGAGAAAAUCUACCUCACAAGCAACUCCCUAACGAACACCGCCCUCGACGUUCUGGCAAAGUUCAGCGCGCUCAGGGUACUCCAUCUCGCCUACAACGCCCUGGACACGCUGCCCGAGAUCUGCGUGGCCUCUUGGAAGGAGCUCGAGGAGCUCGUGCUGUCGGGCAACAAGCUCCAGUAUCUCCCGGACAACGUGGCGAGCCUGGCGCACCUCAGGGUACUCAGGGUUCACUCGAACAGGCUGCUCCGGUGUCCCGCCUUCAACAGGACUCCCUCGCUCAAGGUCCUCGAUCUGGCGCACAACCACCUGGAGCACCUGAACCUCGACAGCCUGUUGUCGUCCCAGCUGCAGUUCCUCGACAUAUCCUGCAACUCACGGCUGCACGUGGACCCGCGCCAGUUCCAGAGCUACCACAGCACUCGCCGGCCCGUCUCCCUGGUCGACGUCUCGGGCCAGAGCAAGUCGACCGUUUGCACGCCCGAGACCAGUGCAACCAGCAGCAACAACAGCUCACCAUCGACUGGAGCGUCGGCUCGCAAUGACUCGGUGGAGCUCAACCACCACCUGCCCUGGCGACUCGGGUUUUCCGAGACCACCGGCGCCCGUGAAAGACUGCUGAUCAGCCAGUUGCGCAUGCCGGCGUUCUGCGGCACGGAGUGCCUGUUCGGGCUGUUCGACGGGUGCUCGAGCCAAGAGGCCCCGAGCUCGCUCCAGGAGAUGAUCCCCCGGCUUCUGUUGGACGAGUCCGCGGUCAAGGAGACGCGUAGCGAGUACCUGCGUUACACCUUGCUGUCGGCGCAGCGCGAGCUGAGGGAAAAGGGGCAAAAGUACGGGAUCGACGCCGGCUUGGUGCACGUGACGAGGCUUGAACCCGAACAGUUGCUGGAUGACGAUGACGGUGGCGACAGGGGCCGUCCGAGGUACCUAUUGACGGCGGCUACCUGCGGCGAGGCCAGGGCCGUUCUGUGUCGAGCCUCGGGGCCGCUGCAGCUCGCCAAGAGCACGAGGCUCGUCGGUCUGCCGAGGCUGCAGGCCGCCCUCGCUCAGGGACGCAAGGUCCACAGCGCGACCCACGAUCUCUUACCGAUUGCUCUGCCCGAGCCCACCAGCGAGGAGGUGGUCCUCGAGGAGGACGACGAGUUUGUGAUAAUCGGCAAUCGUCGGCUGUGGGAGGUGCUCAGUAUCCAGGAAGCGGUACGCCAGGCGCGCGCGGAAGCGAACCCCGUGCUCGCGGCCAAGCGUCUCCAGGACCUCGGCCAAGCCUACGGCGCCGAGGACAACCUCAGCGUGAUAGUGUUGCGCCUGUCGAUGGCCAACGCGACUGCCGCCAUGCAGGCCGAGGCCGGACUGGCCGCCUGUGCUAACAACGGCUUUUAUCUCAACGGUGUGCUGAGGAACGUCGUCAGCGCGAGAUCGAGCGCAAAGUCGAGCAAAAGCAGCCAGGGCCUUUCGAAGGACGCGUCGAGCGUGGGCAGCAACCCGCACCAGCGGGAGGACCGCAGCUCCCCGAGCGGCCAGUCGGACCAAACGACGAGCGACGUGGGUCUGUUCGAGCCGCGCUCGCGCCGACGGACCUCCGGCCGGACCGGCGGGCGCUUCUGCUCGGGGAGCGCGAGCGCCGGUAAGAUUCGCCAGCUGCAGGGCUCGGCUGGUGCAGGGAGCGUCGCCGGGUCCGAGCGCUCCCCGCCCCCUAGCGAUGAGCAACUGCGCUGCUGGGAGUACAUGCUCGAGCAAAACACCCAGCUGCUCUUCGACAAAGAACUGGACACCCUCACGAGCGCGCCCAGCAGCACCAGCAGGAGCACCGCCCUGCGACGAGGUGGGCAGUCGAGGUCGACGCCGCAGCUGGGCUCGAGCACGGGCGUGCCCUUCCUGUCUCGGCGAUUUGGCAGCGCUCGAUCCUUCGAGACCACAUCCGGAGCGGGUUAUCAGCAGCCCCUGGUGCAGCCGGUGCCGGUCAUCCGCUCGGCUUUCGGAGGCAGCGCUCGGAGAUUAUUGAACGGCGGGCCGAACGCCGCGUACUUUGGAAGUUUGCAGAGGCUCAUGCCCUACAAUCUCGAGUACGACUUUGCCGUUAUUCAGGAGCGCGGGGCCCUCGACUCCCUCGAGCAGGACGCCUCGAGGAUGCAGCAGUACUGGGGCGUCGCUACUACGGAGUUGUGA